AUGCGUCUUCAACAGUUCUGCGCGAUUGUGUGUACCAGUCUGUGCUUCAGUCGUCUCGCUGCAACCCUAAGCAUCCUGGUGCUCAAUCCGUCUCCGUAUGGAUCGAGUAUCUCCACCGCUUUCCACCAGGUGCUGAGUGCAAACCACAAGGUGAUAUCGGUUUCGCCGCUUCACCUAACCUCUAUUACAGAGAACGAAGUCACCAUCGACACCACUCCUAUUAGUGAUGCCGACCUCAAAGAUUUUUUGGACGAUCAGGAAUUCGAUUUGAACGACCUGCUUGGGCUCCAGGUCGGAGAGAAAUUUUACGGCUCCAAACAGAACGACAGAUGGUACGUCAAGGGCUCUGUGAUGGGCACUGCGCUUUUUGCACUCGACUAUCUGCUUCCGCACCACUACACAGAGAUGUCAUCGAUCGACUUAAUUAUCGUCGCGUCGUCGGGCCAUGUGGUGGACGGUUUGUACCGGCAACAGACGCACGUGGACCUGAGCGUGAUGAAACUCGCACAGACCAGAAACAUCCCUGUUUUAAACGUCAACAGCAACGAAGACCUGGACAUGGUAAUUGCCAGUCCUUUGGACGAGCAAAACUCCGACAAGGCCAGCGAACUUUUAGCGCUGUACCUGCAGAGAAUUGAGGCGCUGGUCGCGCAGCUUACGCACGAGGCCAGUUAUGGUAAACAUAACUUCCAUACCUCGCGUUCCCUACAAAGAUCGCCCAAACUGAGAGAGUACUUUGAACACGAGAGAUGGAACGAUAACCCUAGACUGCUGCCCAAUGGUGUGGGGCUCAACAUUAAUCUGCGCGCAGAGGCCUCGUGCAUGGAUACCAACAGAGACUUCAACUUUAUCGAGACCCGUACAAUAGGGGGAUAUAACAAGCUUCCGGCUUUGAGUUAUGAUGAAACCAGAGGUUUUGCCAAGAUCGACUCUGUCUACAGCAUCGACAACGAUCUUCCGCGGAACAAGGACAAAAUCCUCAGCGAGAUGAGUGUGGACAAUGGCGACUGCUUGAUCACUGUCACGCCUAUCAGCUGGUCUGGAGGAGACUUUGAGACCUAUAAUAUUCUUGGCAAAGUAGUUCAACAAUUGAAUGCGGAGCACCCGGACGAGAAGCCGAAACUUGUCCAGCAAAUUUUCGAUAGUACAUAA